GAUCCUGUAUUCUGAGAAAUUUAAGUUACUAAUCCUAUGUCACGGGAGAGUUCUCACUGACUGUGUAUUCUGGGAGAAUUCUGUCUGUGUUACAGGAGAUUUCCCUGCCUCAGCCACUCAACCUGUGCUCAGGGAGAUUUUUCUGUUUCUGACCCCGCGUAACAGAUUUCUCUCCGACCCUACAUUCUGGGAGAAUUCUCUGUCUCUGACCCUGUAUUUACGGGAGGUUUUUGUCUCUAUGUUCUGGGAGGUCUCUGUCUCUGACUAUGUGAGCUGGGAUGUUUCUCUGACUCUUGUGUUCUGUGAGAAUUCUCUGUCUCUGACCCUGUAUUACGGGAGAUCUCUCUGUCUCUGACCCUGUGAGCUGGCGGAAUUCCCUGUUUCGGUCUCUGACCCUGUAUUACGGGAGAUCUCUCUGACUCUGUGUUCUGGGAGGUUUCUCUGUCUCUGACCCUGUGAGCUGGGAGAAUUCCCUGUUUCGGUUUCUGACCCAGUGUUACGGGAGAUUUCUCGCUGACCGUGUGCCCUCUGGAAACCUCUGUUUUGCUCCGGGUGCUAUGCACCAAUUGGACCUGACUCUGCUGCCGCCGCCACCAACACUUUGUGACUGCAGGGACAGUUUUGGAAAUGCCGGUCCGGAACAGGUACAACUUGGUGGACGAUGUGGCUGACUCCAGGACCCCCCUUUAUAACGAAGAGGCUUUCGAGCACGGCAUUCAUUUCCAGGCCAAGUAUGUCGGGAGUUUGGAUGUACAAAGGCCGAACAGUCGCGUGGAGAUAGUGGCGGCCAUGCGAAGGAUACGGUAUGAAUUUAAAGCCAAGAACAUUAAGAAGAAAAAGGUGAGCAUCUUGGUGUCUGUGGAUGGAGUGAAGGUCAUUCUGAGGAAAAAGCAAAAGAGAAAGGAGUGGACAUGGGAUGCAAAUAAAAUGUUAGUGAUGCAUGACCCUAUUUACAGAAUAUUCUACGUAUCACAUGAUUCCCAGGAUUUAAAGAUAUUCAGCUAUAUUGCUAGGGAUGGCAUCAGCAAUACUUUUCGAUGCAAUGUAUUUAAAUCGAAGAAAAAGAGCCAAGCAAUGCGAAUUGUUCGUACAGUGGGGCAGGCAUUUGAGGUCUGUCAUAAACUGAGUUUGCAACAUGCUAAAGAAAAUGCAGAUGGGCAGGCGGAUGGUGCAAGUGACAAAGCAACAGAAGAACAAUACACUGGAGGUCUCCACUUCCCUGGAGUAAAGCAGAAUGGGGCUAUGGGCAAGGAGAUGGAAUCCCACAACUCCAGUGAGUUGCCAUGUGACAGGAUUGAACUAGAAAUCAUUAAUGCGGCACAAACUCUUAAAGAGAGAAAAUAUCAGGAUCCUGAGAAUGGAACUCCUUUUGUUUUGUCAGCUCAGCUGCCACGAUUACCCAGCAGUCAGUGUUCCUCUCCUACCCCCCUGGCAUCUCAGCACCACUUGCAACUGCUCCAACACCAGCUUUUACAGCAGCAGCAACAAACACAGGUGGCUGUGGCACAGGUGCAUCUGCUGAAAGAUCAAUUAUCGGCUGAGACAGCAGCUCGAAUCGAGUCACAGGCCCGUGUUCACCAGCUCAUCCUACAGAACAGAGAUCUCCUACAACACGUCUCCCUCUUGGUCAAGCAGUUGAAGGAUUUUGAGAACAGAAUGUGUGCACAGCAGACAGUUGACCCAAGUAUGAGCUCCAUUUCCGAACAAAUUUCAUCAUUGACUCUUCACCACCACAAUCUGAUAAUGAAUGGGCCUUCCACCUCAACCCCAGGAAGUCUUCCGAUUGCUUCUGGUAGGCCAAGCACAUGGACUGACCAUGACAACAGUCAGUCAUUCACUAACCUCAUGAAUUUGGGUAAAGAGGACCAAGAGCCAACACUGGAAAAUAGUAACUGCCAGACAAUGACUGGGAAGAAAGAGGCAUGUACAAGGACUGAAGGCUCAGAGGGCAAUGAAAAAUCUCCUGCCACAGUAGAAGUUGCUGCUGACUUUAAACUGCAAGACACGAGCCUGGAAGCAAAGAAUGGAAGAAGGUGCCAAAUUCAAACUAACAGCUGAAUGAAGAAAAUCAACACUCUGAAACCUGCUAAAUCUUGACAGACAACCUUCCUAGAGGUACAGUACAUAGCCAUCACCAUCCCUUCACCACUGCCAAAAUAAUUGGCCAUUCAAGCUUAGCUCGAGGUACGACCAGGAUUGUCUUUUUAAUGGAAUGUAGUCUGGUAGCAAAUGUGGCAGAGUUCAGUAAACUGUUGUGACAAUUGCAACAAAAAAAUUGCUGCUUUCAACAUUCUGCACAGGGAAAGGUGCUGCUGAAAACGCUGAGAAUUUAUUAUUUUGAGACUGCCUCUUUCAAAAGGGCGAGGCAGUGUGGGGAAUGAAAGUUGACGAUGUGAUUUUAUUGUGAAGACACAGUGCAUGCUCACGAAUCACCCCAUAUGUGUUGGUGAAUACAAAACAGAGAAUUAGAGAAUUGCCAGAAAUAAAUAAUAAAUUGCUUUCUGGAAAAUAUAUCUGAUGUACAUUGCUGAUAUUUUGUCCAGUUGAUAUUCUGGCAGCUUGGUGUAGAUACUGGCCAAACACAUUUGAGGAUACGCUGUUAUUUCAAAUACUUUGUAUUUUUACUUUGUAAAUGCAAUUAUUGUGCAAACAUGAUCAUAGUGAUUUAGAUGAAAAAUGUGAAUUUUCAAAAAUAAAUAUUAUAACAUUUUGGAUGGUGUUUCCUCCCUAUCACCCUGAACAAGCCAGUGCUACCACUGAUACCAAACUGGAAAUGUAUAGUUUGUAUUGCACCUUGCUGCUGUAAAAUUCAUUUGAUGAAAUUA